AUGCUUGGACGACACCAUAAUCUUGCACCAGCAGAUAACUUCAAAGCCUCUCCUGACAUUGAGGAGUCCGCUCUCCUUCUUCUCUCCAAUGUCAGCUCUGGGAGAGAGGAUCGUCAUGAUUCAGAUGAUGCUCCCCAGCGGCGAAGGCCUACCGCAUCGGCACGAAGGCCACAUGACCCAUCAGUGCUUACCGAGUAUGCUGACCAUGUUGCUAUCAGCACAUGGAACGGAGAGAAAUGUCCUGAAUUGAAGUUAUUCUCCCAUGGGAGCAAGGUGCAGAAAUUUGGUAGGUCUGCUCCUGAAAUUGAGGGCCUAGUUGCUGCCACGAGACUAAGUCCUUUGAUUUCGUGUUCAAUAGAUACUGGCAAUCGGGGACUUAUAUCCACAUUCGUGGAGAGGUGGCACAAGGAAACUAGCAGUUUCCAUCUUCUUGUGGGGGAGGUUAGCAUCACCCUGGAUGAUUUGGCAUCUCUGCUUCAUCUUCCUACUGUUGGCGCCUUCCAUACCUUCGAGCCUCUGCAUGUCGACGAGGUCGUGUUGAUGUUGGUUGAGUUACUAGAGGUCUACGGAGAGGCAGCCAGGGAUGAGACAGCACAGUGUCAUGGACCAUACAUACACCUAUCUUGGCUACGAGAUAUAUAUCAGAGUAGAUGUCAAGCUAGACAUUGGAAUCCUGCAGCUCGUGCCUAUGUUCUUCAUCUUUUAGGUUGCACUCUUUUUGCUAACAAGAGUGCAACCCAUGUUCAUGUUGUCUUCUUAGACGCUCUACGUGACUUGAGUCAGAGUGGGAGCUAUGCAUAG